UCUCUCGCAAGGUGUGGUACCCGGCGUUCUGGUCAGAACUAUGCUCGUCCGGAAUCAACAAGUGCUCCUCGAGACUACGCCGGGAAAACACUUGACCUAACCGAACUUUGGCGAACACAUUUUCCGUCUUCUUCGGCUGUGCGCGCGUGAACCGAAAAUUCGAAAGAGGCGCGCAUAGGUGGCUGCCGCGGGAGCAGACUGUUAAUCGACGCGAGGAUCCCGAAGGACAGUAUCGCGACGCGAUCGAUUCGAUCCACGGUGACUAAGUUUGCAGUAACCGCGGUAGUCUGACUCGCGGCGAACGGAUCGGAGCACUGUUCGUUGUUUUUCAGUGUUUUGGCGUGCGGAUCGACGGACGUAAUCGAUGAAUCAUUGGUUUUUACGCGUCUCGGGGCUCGAGUGACGCGCGUGCUCCUCUCGACAUCAACAGAAUCCACGAGGAUUAUAUGUGUACACCGGAGUUCCGCUACACGUGACUUCACGGCUUGCCGAUCGCGUGUUUAUUGCGCUGUGAAUUCGACGGAUACCUCUACAGUGGAUUCGACAGGGAAGAAUCGACGAGAAUGAAGUAUCAUAAGUCUGGUAAUAAUCUCCACGAGCGAAGGGUACAUCUUAAUUAAUAAUUGUACGACAUUUGAGCCUGCAAUCAUUUUCUGAAGCAAGGAGAACAUAUCUAAGAAGAAAACCGAUACUUGAGCCUGACUGAUUAUCCUCGAAAAAUGAAGAGGUCGCUGUUAAUCCUGAGCUUGCUCGCGACGAGCGUGUUGUGUUUACCCAAUGGAGCGCCAACGAGUGCAUGCGAGGAUCUCGUGCCUCGUCAUCCUGGGAGCGCGAACCAGGAAACUUACCCUCCUCCUUACCAAGUUUUACCGGCUGCAGGACAAGGCAGAGUCCGCUUAAUUCUGGGAAGUCCUCAAGGUCUCGCCUACGAGGGCUUCAUGAUACUCGCGCGUGACUCCGUGACUAGUGAAUUCGUCGGGGAAUUCGCGAACUUACCUGACACAGCACGAACCAUCGAGUGCACGCCAGGUGUGAAGAACGCGGUGACUCAUACCAACACGACCAAGAAGCAUAAUCUAGAAUUCGAUUGGGAGGCACCUGCUGACUACGAGGGCACCAUUGUCUUCAGAUCCACCUUCGCCCAGGACUAUAAUACGUAUUGGGUCGGCGUGGAAUCGCCAAGGCUCAACGUUAACAAACGAUCCAUCGAAGUGUUGACUUCGUCCACAACGUCCACCACGAGCAGAACCACGACGACACCCUAUUACAAUCCGACCGUCCAUUACGAGCCAAAGGAUGGAGACGAUUCUUUGUACGCCGAGUGCGGCAAAACGAAGAAUUGCUUUGGUACACCAGCAGGUUGCGUGGAGGCCAAAAAUUGCAUAGCAGUGGUCACCGUGCUUGUUCGUGGCGACCGCUAUCUCUUCGAGCUGCAAGCACGUGACAGCAUGUAUGUCGCCGUUGGUUUGUCCGACGACAGUAAAAUGGGCGACGACAGCGUGGUCGAGUGCACGAACGAAAGAGGAGAAAUUGGCUUACACAUGUCUUGGAACUCUGGAAAACGUAAUACGAGGAAACCCAUGCAGGAUGGUGCCGUUCAGUUGGAGUCGAGCUCCAUCAAGGAUGACGUGAUUUCCUGUAAAUUUUGGAGAGAGAAAACAACCGUCGUCGAAGGCCGCGAGUACGACCUCGUGAACACGCCGUACAACCUACUGGUGGCCGCUGGCAAAUCUCUAAAGAGUAACGGCGUGGGCUUCCACGACACUGCCUACGACGCCAGCGGGGGUGCAAAAUUGUUAUCCGACGUCGGAGGUUACACGACGGCCAGCAACAUCCUGAUUCGCUUGCACGGCGCGCUGAUGCUGGCGUCGUGGAUCGGCACGGCGUCGAUCGGUAUCCUCCUCGCCAGAUACUACAGGAAAACGUGGGUCAACUCGCAGUUGUGCGGAAAGGACCAUUGGUUCGCCUGGCACAGGUUCUUCAUGAUACUGACGUGGUCGAUGACGAUAGCCGCGUUCGUGAUAAUAUUCGUCCAGCUGGGCGAAUGGAGCUCGGAGGUGAUACACGCGUCCCUGGGGGUGGCCACCACGCUCUUAGCCUUCAUUCAGCCCUUUAUGGCAGCCGCGAGACCUCAUCCAGGGGCACCUCGAAGACCUCUAUUCAAUUGGGCGCACUGGUUCGUUGGAAAUGCGGCGCAGAUUUGCGGCAUAAUCGCAAUUUUCUUCGCGGUCCGUCUGAACAAGGCCAAACUCCCGGAAUGGGUCGACUGGAUUCUGGUCGCCUACGUGGUAUUCCACAUUCUGACUCACCUCAUCCUCACGUUCGUGGGAUGCGCCUCGGACGUGCAGGCCAGUCAGAGGGUGAAUUCAUUCCCCAUGAAAGACACCCACUCCCGUAGCUCGAUGGUCCAUCCGGAUGCGAGACAGGAUGCUCCCCACUCCGGGCUAAGGAAAUUUAUCUUCGGGGUGUACUUCGUUGUGAUCGCCCUGUUCGCCGCGGCUCUCAUCGUCAUCACCGUUCUGGCCCCCAUCGAGGACACGUGGGUCUCCUUCACCAACACCAUUAAGAAUUAUUAAUCUCCGUUUAAUCGACGAUCUGAAACGACGGGAUUUGCAUCGCCUGAGUCGCGCUAGAAGUUUCGAACUGCCGCGCCGCGAACACGUUCUCGAGUCGCUAUCUUGUAUGCAAACGAGUCUGAAAGUGACGUAAGUCAUGGUCUGGAGAACUAUACGCGCGAAUCGUGCGACAAUAUUGUCCGACCACGUCCUGAAACCUGGAAAGUCGCUUUGGAAAUGGAAAAUGGUGUCGUUGGUGUAAGUAGCGAUCGCGCGAACGUUGUAAUUUGUGAAUUAUGCUCUUACAGAGUGGCAGAGAUGGGCAAAAUUUUGAUGUGAUUAGGUAUCUCGAAUGGAGGAGCAGAAGUUGGAGAAAAAUUUGUCUUUGAAUCGUAGAAGGAAAUAUUUCACAAGGGAUGGGAAAAGAUUCGAUUAUGCGGGCGAAUAAAUCGCUGUUUGGUGAGAUUAUUGCUCGAGUAACAUUUGAAAAUUUAGACAAUAGCGCGUACCAGAUCUGGUCCUGAAUAUUAUUUGAAAUUUCAUUGAUGUAACAAAUAUACUUCAUAGAAGUUCUCUAUCUAAACGUCUCUAACUUUUAAAGAAGGUUUCGAUACGAUUUAUAUAAAUUAUAAAUGCACAAAGAAUAGCAACGAUAUUAAAGACAGAAUGAAAGUGUUAUGUUCUAUAGAAAUAUAUGUAUAUCAACUUUCCCUCUGUAAAUGACGAAUAAACUUUCACAUAGGGGAAUAAAUUCGUUGCAACAAACGAUAGCACUCACCCAUUUCAAAGUUUAUUCGAAAUACGCGUGUACUCGUUAUUUCAAAAUUUAUUUGAAACAAACGCAUACUCGUUACUUCCAAAUAUGUUUGAAAAACGUAGCCACCGUCUGGAUCGAGUCGAUAUUUCAGUUAUUUUUCGGUAUCGUCGAGGGGAAAUAAAAGACUGAAAUAUGUUAUUUCAACUACUUAUUUCUCAUUUCAAUUUCAAAUGAAAUUUCCACCGGUCUGGUACGUUCAAUUUUAUAUUUCUUCCUCUUAGACUGACCCGAAAACAUUUUGAUUCGAUGAACGCACAAAUUCUUCGCAGAAACGUAUCCCGGCCAAAAAUACCCGACUUAACUACAAGCUUACAUCGAAGUGUUUAUAUUUUUCUUUUCCUUCAUGGAACGUCAUUAUCUUGUUUAUAAUCGCGAUGUCGUUCGCGAAACGCCGUAAUAUGUUCUUCCUCUAGAUUACUGUAGAAUCUAGAAUCUCGUUCAGAGGUCCGUCCGCAAGGUGCUUUUAUGUUUAAUUAAACUUAAUUUGUGCAUGUGGGAAGAAAAUAAUAAAGUAAUUCUUCUGGCGUUCACAAGCAACUUAAUAAUAAGUGUUGACAGGGGGCUAACAUUGAACUCGCAUAACCUUAAGAACAUUUUUGAAUAUUCAGACGCACAUAUACGUACACUAUAUCCUUUUUCUAAAUUUAUGCAAGUAUAAUAUUAGCUUUCUGUAACAAUUUAUAUGCGUGAACAUUACUGGUGGAGAAUCGAAGAUCGGUCUAGACAUAUUUGAAUAAUUUAUAUAGCGAAAUAUAAAUGAACCAGCUGGUGGUGGCCAGAAGAAUUAUUCUAUCGCCUUUUUUACUUUUAAGUUUCUUUAUUUCCAGCAAGAUAUAUGCAGAAUCUAUAUUUAUGGUAACGUUUACAGUAUUAGAUUUCAUAACGUAUAUUUGAUUUUUACACAUGUUUAGAUAUAUUUUGUACUACGAUCGACGUUGUACCGUGUAAACCAGAGUUUCAUGGAGCAUCACGGGAUCGCGCUUAAUUAACUGAUAUAAUAGUGUUAUUUGUAUGUUAUUGAUAUUGUUAAUAAAUAAAUAUAUAUUUACGAUCGCA